ACAUGUCAACAAUGAAAUUAGCAUAUAUUCUACCAUUUUAGAGCAAUUUAGUCACUAAAUCAAUCAUCUUCACUAAGACAAUCUUUAAGUAUGUGCUUUAGGUGAACGGGGAGAGGUGAACAAGUAGAAUCGAUGUUUUGUUUUCGCGAAAAAACGAUGAAAUUUGCAGGUAUGAAGCGUGGAUCUGGUUACAUGACGGUGGGGAAACCCCGACCGUAGCGUGGGUUGAGGCAGGCGGGGGGGAGACACGCCGGACUCAGCGGGACUUGGCGUGGGAAGACGCCGGGAUUUGUGGCUUACCGCAGGCACGCUCAGGUGAUGUAAAUGCAAGCAGUACAAGCCUUCCCCCCGGCAGAUAAGAUCCUGUUGCAGGCCAGUGUUGGGAACCGGUCUCAUGUGGAACUCCGCGGUCUGUACCUCACCUCUCUCCCGUGGAAAAUCCUCCAACCUCCGCUGUGCACGUCCGUUACUUACCUGGACAUCAGCUAUAACCGGCUGUCUGUCUUACCGCACACCGUUGGAGUUUUAAACAACCUCCAGUAUCUGUACGCACACGAUAAUGUGCUCCAUUCCGUCCCUGCAGAAAUCUCCUGUCUGCCGCACCUCAGGGUGUUGGACUUUUCACGAAAUCGCAUCCUCGAAAUUCCAACCACCCUAGCUCAGGCUAAGAGCCUUGAAGCGGUCAACUUUUCAGGGAAUCGAAUCAGCAUACUCAGUCCCGAAAUUCUGUGCAUUCCGACGUUAAGGCAGCUCCAUGUGAUCAGGAAUCCCGUUCAGAACGUUCCGUGGGACGUUGUCCGAGCUGGCUUGGACGCGCUGCGGAAGUUUUUCGACAUAGAUGUACCAAAGAUUUGCUCUCCACAGAAAUCUGAACCAAGAAGACUCUCACUUGCUGAACAGCUAAAUUCUGUCACUCUAAAACCUUGCAGUGUUGGGGAGAAAGAGUUGGAAACAUCGAAUGUGGCGGAAGUGUCAGACAAAGAAGACCAAGCCAGCGAAACAUUUUCCACUUACUCCAAGUGUAGCGCUGUAGGCUGUAUGGUCAACUGUGGUAGAAACGGUCGGGACAGAUGCUGGUCAUCUAGUGAUCGAGGCUACUACUCUUCAUCCAACUUUGACAUCAAUUCUCUCUCCUACGGCUUUGCCGCCAUCGACCUGACCAAUGAGGACCAGCUAAGUUGCCAUGGCGACUACGACAGCGAGGGUGAAACGGACAGAGACAGUAAUUUUGACGACACUGACGAGAAGUGUAGCUGUUACCAUGGUGAUGACGUAGGUUCGGACUCUGAUGACGACUUGUUUCAGGCCAGGAGAAAGCGACUUCCUGACAGAACCCUUCUCUUGACAUACAAGCAAGUGUCGGUCGUUAUCCCCGAGCACAACCGCAGCGGACACAUCCAGGCGGAAUUCUUCCUCGACAUUCUGGAAGACGUCCGGUACCUCCCAGCUGAGGUAAAAUCCGUGAGUCGUACGUCCCAAUGUUCGGUCCACGCCAGCAGUGUUGUCUGCAUGGAACCACACGGCGCUCAGUUCUACCCAGAUGAACCUGCCCUGAUCACCGUGCCGCUACACGCAGACCCCAGUCCCUGCGACAAGGUGGUGUGUUUGAGCAGUCAGACUUCGGAAGGACAAAAGCCGACAUGGGAGCGGAUUCCAGAAACUCAGUGGAGUUACAGCGACGGAAAAGUCACUAUAAGAACAACACACUUCAGUUUGUUCACAGUAAUCAUACGGAGGGUGUAUCCUGAGACAAAAAUGGUUGUGUCAGCAGGAGGGGGUACUAUGAAACUGGAGGGGGUGCCUGGAGCAGAGGUACAUUUUCCCAAGGGUUCCGUUCACACUACAAUGGAGGCCAGUAUGAAGGUGCUGUACGCAGACCCCCCUUAUGGACAAGAUGAAGUAAACAGCCCCCCUUGUGCCAUUGCUACCCCUGUGGUAACACUGGGUCCACACGGAUACCAGUUUGCUACAGAGACAGACCCUGUAGUAGUCAAACUUCCCAUCCCAGAUUACAGCCAGAUUUUGGACAGGUUCGGUCACGACAUCGCACUAACCGUCUGGCACAGUCCGACCAAUGAGGAAGAGCCUCUCGCUUGGGAGAAGUUAGAGGUUGAUCACCGUAUCGAAGAGGAGGGUGGAAACCACAUGGUCUGUUUCCCCGUGACGCACUUUUCCUGGUACCGCGUGCUCUGGGACAUACUAGCGACGAAGAUGCACGCGGCGAAGAUGGGCGUGUCAUACUUCUAUCCCUACACACAGUUCAGUAUGAUGUGUCAGGCCCUGAUGCAGGAGUUUCAGACACACACGUUCGGGUUAGAGGUCAUCUGUUACAGGAGUGGGAAGCCGCUACCUGAGAUCGGAAACUACCAACACAGGGUGGGGGGCAGCAUCAAACCACGACUCAUGAAACUGGGUGCGAUCACCGUCAGGCUGGUUUCAGAAGUGUUUGAAGCUGAUACAGAUGCGGGAGAAGAUGACUCUCUGGCCCAGACCGAGGCUGACUUCCGCGGACAGGAGUUCGACAAGUCCUUCGCUUGUCGCUUCAAGGACCGACCAAUAGAGAGAGGGGUUUUUGGGAAGGUGUUUGUUGAGAGGAGGGUCCAGGAGGGGGUUUCUGAGCAGGUUUUCCACUUCAACUUGACAAAGAGUGGGAAGGAGGUUGACCUUUCACCCCAGAUGGACGAGGAGUGGCAGGUGGUUGCUCUCAGGGAACUCGCAGCUAUGCUCAGCAUCACAUCAGAAGAGAACUGGAGACAGUUUGCUGCAGAGCUGGGUUUCACCAGACGAGAGGUCAGCAGGUUUGGGCUGGCGGACGACCCUUUCACGUUACUGCUGACCCUGUACCAGGAGCGCGGCGGGACCGCCGAGGAGUUUAUCCACGGUCUGUACGAGGUCAGCAGGAAGGUCCGCAUGGGGGUGGUCAGUCAGGGCGGAGGGGAGGAGGUGGAAAGUGCUGGUCCGAGUGGUUCCAGUUCCUCCAGGAAGCGGCCUGCCUGCUCAUCAUGUGACGCCAACGGUAACAAGCGGCGCCGACAAGCUGGGUCCUCCCCCAGACUGAACGGUCAUGCCAGGACUGUUCAGGAAGACUGAAGAGCCAGAAUGCAUCAACAGGUAUUGAGAUCAAGACAGGGCUCUAAAGAGGACUCUAAAGUAUAAGCCAUGUGUGCCUGUGGAACUGUUAUC